AUGGGGAACAGCAAACAGAAAGUGACUUACACUUUUGAGAUCGACAACUUUUCCCAAAGGAAUACUCCAUUUAUGUCUCCUCUGUUCUCAAGCGGGUUCUCAAGCGGCUUCUGCAACUGGCAUGUUUACGUACAACCCAAGGGAAACCGUACUAGCAAAUACAUGUGUCUGUACUUAGCAGUCCCAGAUCCUCACUCACGCCCUCAUCUUUGGUCGAGAGUUACCAGUUUUAGCUUCGUUGUCGUGAAUCCAUCCAACGUUCUCAGCUCCAAAAGUUUUGUUGGAACUUACCGCACCUUUAACGAGAAACAACCAACUUCGGGUUUCAUCAGAACGGGCUUGACUCUUUCCAAUCUUCAAGAGAAAGGAUUUCUUGUGAACGACAAACUCAAAAUUGAAGUCUACAUAUAUGUUAAGGAGCUUCAUGGUGGACGAGAUCCAAAAGUCUUACCCGAAGAAAAGAAGGAGACGGUGUAUGUCCAUGGCUUCGAACUUCUUCAGUCGCAAGUAAAGUCAGCAAACUGGAUUUUUGAUACUUACCCAGAAACUGCUUUGUAUAUUCAACCACAAGAUCCACAACUUAAGACAGCAUACAUGAACAUUCUCCUCAGAAUCUACGAGACACUUUAUUACAGUCCUCUUGAGAAGCUCACCGAGUCUGAUCUAAGUAACGUUUCCAAUGGUUUGCUUGAUCUGACACAAGCUGGUUUUAAGCUGGAAUGGUUGAGGGAAAAGCUUGAGAAGGUUACCUUGGGGAGGAAGAAACUCUCUGGUUAUGAAGCUCAUGCUCUAGAACUUGAAAAACAGUUGAAGAAUCUUGAGCUGAUGAUGAGUAAUCUCAAAGCUAAGAUAAAACUGAAUGCAGAGAGAAAAUUAGAUGAUAUUUAG